AUGGACGUGUGGUUCGUGACGACGCAGUAUCCAAAGUAUGGCAAUAACCCUCCAUUUGAAACCGUGAGCCAUCCCGCCGUGUCCUCCCGAAGUCGACCAUUCUCAAUGCGUGUACCCAGUAUCUAUCUCGUAUGGGAUUCUAAGUCUGGCGUUAUUGCCCUACGUCGUCGAGAGCGGCAACUAGCUGUUUGUCGCUGUGGACUUGUGCUCGCUGGUGUCUACUUUACAAUCGAUCAAGCUGCUGCUUUACAAAUUCCCGUAGCACUCAAGAUAAUGGAUCGAGCGCAGGUGUUACUGCAACACGACGACGUGGAGAGCGAGAUUCGUGUCAUGGGACAGUUACAGAUGGGUGGACUUGACGCUCCACUAGCUAAUGAUUAUAUGAUUCGAUGGGAAUAUGCAAGUGAUACUUAUAAUCAAUAUGUGGCUACGGAAUACGUAGCUAACGGUAGUCUGCAAGCUUAUGCACAUCGACAAGUGCACCAGUUGAUAAUAAAACACUUACAAGACUUUGCGCUGGAACAUGGAGCUGCUCCAACAAAGCUAGAGUGUAUUUCGUAUGUAUAUCGAGGUUCUGGUCACGAAUGGAUGCGUAAGGGAAUCGAGACUUUUAAAGGAAUUGUUCGAGCGCUGACGUAUUUACAUGCGCAGAAUGUAGCGCAUUUGGAUCUCGACGUCUACAAUGUGGCAGUGGAUGUACGAAAUUGUCCGAGAAUUAUUGAUUUGGGAAGUAGUCAAAUUAUGGAUAAUAGAGGUCUAGUGGGUGCUGGAUUUGUCAACAUCAAGUGUAAGCCACUGUUUGUAUCGCCUGAAGUAAGAUCGCAUCAAAGAAUGGCACCGCCUCGACCGGGAUUUGACGGUGCGGCAGCCGAUAUGUGGGCUGCUGGAGUGAUCCUUGUUCAGUGCGUCAUAUGGGGCUUUCGAGGUGGACCGACUUAUCUUUUGUCCAACACAAACUGGCGACGAGAAGUUUUUAGCCAUAUCGAUGCAACUUGCAGUCCCAAGACAUGUCAUUUAUGCGUCAAUUUUAUCUCCAUCCCGCCGCUUGUAGGUGCCAUUAUCAAGCAGCUGCUGCAUGUAGAUCCAAAACAGCGACCCUCUGCAUAUGAAGUGGCAAUGGCAUUUCAGGAAAAUCGACAAGUGCAGUUGUUUCCGGUGCAAUUGAAGGUCAUAAAUAAGCGUAAAUCUGCUGAUUGUCCGGUGACAGUGGGCAAAAAUCGAUGA